ACCCGUCCGGUUCAUCCUUACCCUUUGUUCUCCAUCUCACACUUGCAGAUAAGCUGGUUCCUCUUGCGGAGAAGGGAGGUGGAUAGUUGCCCAUGGCCGGGUUGCAAAGGUCGGCGACGACCUUCAGAAGGUCGGGCUCCUCCGGCCUGGUCUGGGACGAGCGUUUCCUCACCGAGGCCGACGCGGAGGCAAAGGCUGCCGAUGGCGCCACGGAGGAGCCCCAGCCGGAGCUGCGGCACUCCCGGAGCGUCGGGAGCAUCGGCAUGCUGCGGCGCGGCGGUGCCGGCGACGGUGACGACAAGAAGGCGAAGGAGAAGAAGAAGCAGCAGAAGCAGGGGCACAAGGAGGAAUCGCGCAGCAACCAGCAGGUGUUCCGGACCAAGGACGUGGCCCCGGACGUCGACCCGCCAUCGCCACGAGUGUCCGGCUGCAUCCUCUGCACCAUCUUCGGCGGCUCCAGCUCCGGUUCCGGCACGGCGCGCCGCCGGCCCAACAAGCCCAGGAAGAAGUGACAGCCCCGCAGCACGUACGUAACGCUGCUGGUGCAGCUGUUAGUUUUUUUCCCACUGUAAAGUUUGAGCCAUGGAUGUGAGCGCACAUGUUUAUACUAGAGUCACAGUCAGAUGAGCUUUGGUACUCGAUACACACCGUUUCAGUCA